CAUGAGAGGCCCACCGUGAAGCCAGCAAGGCCGUGCUCUGGCACAGCAGCUCCGUGAAUCCCCUCACGCCCUCCUGAACCAGAUAUUCACUGAAAUUUCCAAAGUGCCCACAAGUGGAGCCUGCCCUCCCCAGCAGAAAAGAAAUUGCAGUUAUGUAUCAGAUGAUAAGCUCCAACAACACAACAUGGUGAGGAGGAUAAGCAGCAAGUUAAAGAAGGCCUGCAGGGAGAAGCAGGUUACCCAGGAGACUGGAUACAGAGAUUUUUGUGACUAGAAGACUGCUCCAUAUGCUCAAUGUGCAGGGGCUGAAGGAAACUAGCUAAUAUAGCAUGGGGUCUGGGGACGAUGACGACUCUCACACGGCAGGACCUUAACUUUGGGCAAGUUGUUGCAGAUGUUCUUUCAGAAUUCCUGGAAGUGGCUGUUCACCUCAUCUUGUAUGUCAGAGAAGUUUACCCUAUUGGGAUCUUUCAGAAGAGGAAAAAAUACAAUGUACCUGUCCAGAUGUCCUGCCACCCAGAGCUGAACCAGUACAUCCAGGACACGCUGCACUGUGUAAAGCCGCUGCUGGAGAAGAACGAUGUGGAGAAAGUUGUGGUUGUAAUUCUGGAUAAAGAGCACCACCCCGUGGAGAGAUUUGUCUUUGAGAUCACCCAGCCACCUCUUCUUUCCAUUAGUUCCGAGUCCCUGCUGUCCCACGUGGAGCAGUUACUGCGUGCCUUCAUCCUGAAAAUCAGCGUGUGCGAUGCUGUGCUGGACAACAACCCCCCAGGUUGCACCUUCACAGUUCUGGUUCACACACGGGAGGCUGCCACACGCAACAUGGAAAAGAUCCAGGUGAUAAAGGAUUUCCCUUGGAUCCUCGCUGAUGAGCAAGAUGUGCAUAUGCACGACCCCCGGCUUAUUCCCCUGAAAACCAUGACAUCUGACAUCUUAAAGAUGCAGCUCUAUGUAGAAGAGCGAGCUCACAAAGGCACCUGAUUUCAAAUCUUCCUUGCCUUCAAGUUUCACCUGAUCUUCCUGUGGAGUAACAUCUGUCACAAACUGCAUCUUGAUAACCAUCUCUUCAGCUGGCCUUCUGGGUGAAUGUAGAGCAGCUGCUGCCUCUUUAUUUCAAGUGCUCUUACCACUGCAUAAAGAACUGACUUGGAAUGGGGAGCCAGAGCCUGUUCCCAUCUUGACGUGUGUGAGAGUACAGGUGUUGAUACAGUGCGUCCCUGGGGAGUCAGUGCUUUAUUUCCAGUCCAGUUCUCACCUGAAAAGGGCAGCUCCAUUGCACACAGGCAGUGACAGACAGCUGGGAGCUGUCACACAAUCCAUGAGAGCAACGUUUGCUAAGGGGGAGCGAGGCCUUAUGUACUGUCUGUCCACUGUGACCAUCCCAAGUAGUCUUCAAUAAAUACCAAGUUUUACCCCAGUUAAACUGGGCUGAGUUCUGUCAAAACCAGGCUCCCUUCUUCAGUGAGGAAGUAUUUUUAUUUUCUAUGAAGCUUCUACUGCUU